AUGCACUUUCCGACUCGGGCUGCCGUAGGGAAGGGAGCUGUCGCCACAUCCACCCACCUGCAAUGGACGGUCCCGAGGAACAGUUCCAGCUUCCUGAUCGAGACGAACAAGCAGACGUUCAGCACCGACCCCAAUAACCUGAAGGCUCCCAACUCCUUUAACGACAACAGGCUGAUUCACCUCUACACUGUGGGCGAGAAGCCUGGGGCUGAUGGCAGACGCAUAGUGGUGGCCACGAAGCGGAGAUCCCUCCAGGGAAAACCCACUAGCCCCGUGACCACCACGAACAAGAACGCCUCGGCCACCCUCGGAAGCAUCGGGCACAGGAUCCACAAGAACAAGGACCACCCAGAUCCGUACGUGGCCGCCAUUCGCACAGUCGGCUCCAUCCCUCGCAGCCAGAAGCCUGUGACGGUGAAGAGGAAGAGGCCCGCCCCACCAAGAGCUCCUGAGCACCUGCCCCCCACCUUCAAAGCAAUAGAGAUAAUUUAUGACACCAUAAUGGUGAAAAUAACGCGUUAA